CAUCUCUUUGUAAUAAAAAAAAAAUAUAAAACAAAUACUACAUACUUUUACUAGUUUUUAGAUUAUUAACAAAAAUUAACAAUGCUGAAAUUGGUGUUUACUAUUAAGAUUAUAUUAGUGAAUCUCAUACUGCUGCAAGCCGAGUAUCCCUAUUGUUUUCGUUUCACUUGGAUUGGUCCAUUUCAAGACAAGAAUAAUAUUGCCGAUAUCACCUGCGAUAGUAUACGUGAAGAUUUAACGAAUAUACCCUGCCGCCAGCCUUUAGUGGCAACCGAUAAUGAUAAUAUACCGGAUACGGUGGAUUUAUGGUCGAAAUAUAAAGAUAAACCAAAUGCUAUAGGUUGUCCCAUGUACAAGGGUCUAACAUGUGUGAAAUAUACUUACACAUAUAAUAAAGGAGUGCAAAACAUCACUUAUAUGUGUGGUAAAGUUAAUACCACAACAGCUGGUUGUUAUCGUCAAAAAUAUAUUUCCGGUUUGGAUGUUGAAGUUUGUGUUUGUGAUUCACAAGUGGGAGCGAUGCCAUGUAAUACAGUGAAUGCACAACUAGAACAUAAAUUAUCACUUUUACUAAUAGCUCUGAUAACAAUAACAAUAUUUUAUAAAUUAUUCAAAAUAUAGUUAAUAAAAAAACCAACAAGAAAAAAA